UGAUGUCAUAAGGAAAGGGGCGUGGGCAGCAGAGAUGGCAUCUUAUACCCGAUCUGUUCUGUAACCGGCAACCAGAGCUUGUGCUGCAGCUGAGCCGGGCGGCUGAGCGCUUCCUUGCAGUGCACUGAUGUUAUUAGGCAGCGCUAUGCGCCAUAUAGCCGGCAUAUGAGGAAACACAGACCAAUCCGUCAUCACUGCAUGCAGCCAGGAACAAUGGAACUUAAAAGUUUUGUGUAAACUUUUUAGCGUUAAGGAAAACAUUGUUCCCCACAUUUAGGUGUCAGGAAAGUGACAAGCCUCUACUUGUGUCAGUCCACCAUGCUUCGUCUUGUGUUCAUUGCAGUGCUGUUGGGAAGCGGUGCUCGGGGCUGUCAGCUGUCCUCUGACUGGAGACACCUGAGUGAGGGAUGCAGAUCAGAGCUGGCUCAGAUUAUCCUAUAUGCAAAGGUGCUGGCUGUCCACCAAGAAACGCACAGCAGCCUGUUUAGCAGUAUGUACAACUACCUGCCCUGGCAGUAUGAAUCGGGAGACAGCGUCUUCUUCUAUUCAGCUGAGAUUGAAUUGCUCUGCGACCAGGGAUGGGGCAGUAUGCUGGAGGUACCCGCAGGGUCCAGGCUGAAUAUUACUGGACUUGGAUACUUUGACUGUUACUCAUAUACCGUAGUACAGAAUCACUCCUAUUUCUUCUUUCUCAGAAUGGAUGACAAUUACAGUUUGCUUCCACAUGGAGUGAAUUUCCAGGAUGCAAUAUUUGCAGAUACCCAAGACAAUUGGAGACUGUUUUCCAGUCUUUUCCAGUAUUCCAACUGUUCUCAAGGACAGCAAGUUAUGUAUGAGCUGGAAAGCCAAGAAGACAGUAGGCUGAUGUGCUCCUCUGUACAGAGUGCAUUAUUUGAAGAAGAGGACAGGGUGAAGAAACUUCAGCAGAAAGUCGCAUCCCUUGAGAAGCGUAACAAACAGCUGCGAGACCGCGUUAAAAAAGUCAAAAAGUCUUUACGGCAAGCAAAAAAGAAUACCAGAAAUGUGGAAAUGAUAAAUAGGAAACUUAAUGAGAAACUCUCUUCUGUGGCAGGACAGAUCACACAUAUAAAUUCUUUCAAGCAAAAAAAUUCUCAUUCAACUUACCUUAAGCUGUAAGUCACCACACGCGUAUUACAUAUUAGAGAGAGACUGCCCAAAAUAUUUGUAAAUUUGCUUUGUGGGCUGGAUUUGUCAAGUAACAAAAAUGUAUCUUUGGAACAAUUGAUUUUUUUUUAUUGUUAACACCGUUUAUAUUAGACAUGUAUAUGCUUUUGACAUAAAGCAGUUGUUCCCAAUCUUUUUUGAAUCACAGCGCCAUAGAAAGAAAUAUUAAAUGAAGUAAAUUGUGUUUAAAUGUCAUUCAUGGUGAGGGACAAGAUUUGCUUCAGUUUGUCCACAUAAGUUAUGACUGGCAGCCACCAGCACUGGUUUUGUCUAUUACAUUGACCAUAAAUAAUUUGAAUUGGUCCUGGACCACCAAUCCAAGGCACCCCUGCAAGUGUCCUGAGGCACCCCAGGGGUCCUAGGCACACAGUUUGAGGACCACUGACAUAAAGCAUUUCUGGCUGGCUGCUACCUCCCAGGUUUCUUCCUGGUAACUCUGGUGCAGUGGUACGAAGUAGAAAAAAAGUUUGAGGCCUUUUAAUAAAUGCAUUUAUAAGUUUUGGAUGUUUUCUUAAACUACUAUAUAGAUUUGCAUUACAUUACAGAGUUUUUAGACAAGUUACUCACUGUGAUCUUUCUAGUCAUUUAGAAUGUUCUUCAGAUAAUUUCUGAUUACUUGAUACAUGUUGGCCUGGGUAUCCGUUCACAUGGUCGACCAUGUUAUGGUCGACAGUCAUUAGGUCGAC